AUGUCUCCCCUGAUCGAACCUAAUCCUGGCCAAUCUACUGUCUCCGGAAAGAACGGCGCAGUCAUUCAGACAAAUGGAAUCCUAUCUGGUCCCAAAGCAACCGGAGCAGUGGUAGCAGACGAAUCGACACCCUUGCUGCCACAGAAAACAGAGGAAUAUUCAAGCUUCUCGACGGCUCAGAAGACUCUUAUCAUAUUCACAGCGGCAUUUGCGUCCACAUUUUCACCAUUUUCGGCAAAUAUAUACUAUCCAGCAAUUAAUUCUAUUGCACAAGAUUUGAAUGUGACAGCUGCUAUGAUGAAUCUGACCAUCACUGCUUAUAUGAUCUUUCAAGGAGUGGCGCCAACGUUCAUGGGAAAUUUAUCAGAUACCGUUGGGAGAAGGCCCGUGUAUUUACUUUGUUUCGGCAUUUACAUGUGCGCAAAUGUUGGUCUGGCUCUGCAACGUAAUUACUGGGCUUUGUUAGGGUUUAGGGCACUCCAAAGCACUGGAAUUAGCGCCACAAUCGCGCUUUCAAAUGCGGUAGCCGCAGAUACAGUGACUUCUGCUGAGAGGGGAACUUAUCUAGGGAUUGCUUCACUUGGAGGAAUACUUGGUCCAGCAUUAGGUCCGACGUUGGGCGGCCUGAUCAGCAAAUUUUGGGCCUGGUAUGGGAUUUUCUGGAUUUUGGCAUUGCUAUCCGGUUUUGUCUUCGUUUCCAUGCUUUUAUUCUUUCCAGAGACAUGUCGCCGUAUUGUUGAAAAUGGAUCUGUCCCUCCUCCGUCAUGGAAUCGCUCCUUGAUCAACGUUAUAGCAGACUGGCGUAAACGGAAGGCGGGCAUAAGCUUGGAAGAUGACUACGUUCGUCACCAGCAGUUAUCUCAGAAGACGCGAAUCCGAUUCCCCAAUCCUCUGUCUACUUUUCGUCUCUUAUUCGAGAUGCCUACAAGCUUGGUAUUGCUUGUGAAUGGAACGUUAUUCGGUGCAUAUUAUGCUAUCACAUCCAGUUUACCAGCCGAGUUCUCUGCAAUAUACAGAUUAAACGAGUUGCAGAUGGGCCUUACAUAUAUUCCCAUUGGUCUCGGAACAAUACUUUCUUCGUUCACGAAUGGGUGGGCAAUCGACUGGAACUUUCGAAGGAUUGCAGCCAGAACGGGGGGCAUGCCUUCCGUCAAGAAUGGCAAACAAGAUCUCACUAUGUUUCCAAUAGAACGUUCGAGGCUCCAAAUCGCCAUCCCAUCCGCCAUCUCAGGUGCUGUCUGCAUUGCAGCGUAUGGCUGGUUGCUGCAUUUUGAAAUGCCUCUGAAGGUUGCCAUUCUGUUUUUAUUCUUGAUCGGCUACUUUAUGACUGCAAGCUAUAAUGUCAUGAACCUGUUGAUCGUAGACCUGAACUACGAAGCUCCAGCUACUGCAACAGCAGCAAAUAAUUUUGUGCGUUGUUUUAUCGGCGCCGCCUCCACCGCGGGAAUCAUACCUCUGCUGGAGUACAUGGGUAGAGGUCCAAGUUACACCAUACUGGCCGCAAUAUGCGCCAGCAUGACCCCUCUGUCCAUUGUGGUGUACAUUUUUGGGUUGCACUGGAGAAAUGAAAGGGAUGCAAGGAAAGCAGAUUCUACCGAGGGCUAG